AUGAUGCAGCAGAUCCUACAGGACAUGUAUAUUGAGCCUGACCUCCUGGCUGAGCUCAACGAGGAGCAGAAGCAAAUCCUCUUCUACAAGAUCCGCGAGGAGCAGGUGCGACGCUGGAACGAGCGGGAGAACCAGAGCCGCAGCCUGGGGGCCCAGCCCGGACGGGCCGCCAGCAGGAGGAGCAUCCAGUGGUUGAAGGGAGCAGACGGUGAGGUUUGGGUGUGGGUGAUGGGUGAAGCUCCCGGCGACAAGCCUUUUGAGGAAAUUGUGGAGGAGUUGAUGGCUGAGAGAGCCCGACGACAGGCCCAGCAGGAAGCCCAGGAGCUGUGGCGCGUGAAGGAGGCGGAGAUCGAGCAGAAAUUUCGAGAGGCCAUGGCCAAGGAGAAGGCACGCUUUGCAGCGGGGAAGUGGAAGGAGGAGACAGAGGACAGGAGAGCAGCCAAGCUCAAGAGAGAGAGAGUCACACCUCUCCCGCAGAAAUGCGAGGAAGAGGAGCGCCAGCGUGGGGAAGAGGAGAUACGGCGCACAGAGAAGAGGAGGGCGAAGGAGCUGUACAUCUCCCUGAAGCAGGAGGAAAAAAGGAGCGAGAGGGAUGACAAGGAGUGGCAGGAGCAGCUGCGCCGCUCCAAAGCUGCUGAUGAGGAGAUGACCCGCAAGGCUCGGAGGGCCCGGGACGAGUACAAGCGUCAGUCCCUGCGGGCUAUUGAGAAGGGCCUGGUGGCCGGGCUCAGCGGCCUCUUCCAGAAGACCCACCUGAAUGGGUCGGGCCAGAACCGCAGGCACAGCACACCUGUGGAGUCCCCAGCCGCAGCCCCACCCCCAGAGACCAGUAACACCUCCCACGGUGCGGCGACGGCUCCACCUGUGCAUCGCCGAAGACAGAAUCGCAGGCACAGCGCCUCCACAGUGCAGAUGCUAACAGACAGCCCUGCCUGGGUGCGCCCCCCUCGGCCCAACUGCCGUGAAUCUAUCCUGCGCUGGUUCACAGAGGAGCAGAGGCCCAAACGAGCCGGGUUCGAGAGGAACAGCACCACCAUAGCCCCCUGGUUUCAUGGCAUCAUCAGCCGGCAGGAUUCGGAAUCGCUGCUGAUGCGCUGCCCUGAGGGCAGCUUCCUGGUGCGCGUCAGCGAGCGGAUCUGGGGCUACACGCUGUCGUACCGCACUGCGUCCGCCUUCAAGCACUUCCUCAUCGACGCCUCUGGGGACUGCUACAGCUUCCUGGGAGUGGACCAGAGCCGGCACGCCACGCUGGCCGACCUCGUCGCCUUCCACAAGGAGGAGGUGAUAACCACGUCCGGGGGUGAGCUCCUCCAGGAGUCCUGUAAACCGAGGCUCUCAUCCCCAGAUUACGGGGGGCUCUUCCAGUGACCACUCCCCUCUCCCAGCAGAAUUUCUGAGUGUCAGGCCUGUAUCUCACAUGUUCAGUUUGCUUCAGUGCAAUUUAACUACGUUCAGUCUUACAUCAGCAUCUGCAGCCUCAGGUCUCAAGCCCCCCCCCUUUUCUCCCCCGUCUCGUCCUCCGUCGCACCUGCACCUUUCACUCCA